AUGUCGAGGGUUGGCGUUUUAGUCUUGGGCCCUGCAGGGGUAGGAAAAAGCACAUUUUGUAAUGCAAUCAUAUCGCAUAUGCAGACUAUAGGUCGCAGAGCACACAUUGUAAAUCUGGACCCUGCAGCCGAACCAAGCAAGUACGAAUUCACUAUUGAUAUCAGAGAUUUGAUAUCCCUUGAGGAUGUUAUGGAAGAGCUAAACCUGGGUCCAAACGGGUCCCUCGUGUAUUGUUUCGAGUAUCUCCUCAAUAAUUUAGAUUGGUUAGACGAGGAAAUCGGGGACUAUAAUGACGAGUAUCUAAUUUUCGAUUGCCCAGGACAGAUUGAGUUAUAUACUCACAUUCCCGUUCUUCCUACGAUUGUACGCCAUUUACAAAACCAACUGAACUUUAAUCUUUGUGCCGUUUACUUGCUAGAAGCACCAUUUGUGAUAGACACGUCGAAAUUUUUUAGUGGUGCCCUAAGCGCAAUGUCAGCUAUGAUUCUUCUGGAGCUUCCUCAUAUCAAUGUGCUGAGUAAAAUAGAUUUGAUAAAAGAUGAGUACAGCAAAAAGAAACUAAAAAGGUUCUUGAACCCUGACCCCACUCUGCUUAUCGAUUCUGCGAAAGAAAGUGUCAAUCCUAAAUUUGACAGGCUUAACGAAUCGAUUGCCAACCUUGUAGACGACUUUGGCAUGGUACAAUUUUUGACCUUGGAGUCUAAAAAUCCAGAAAGUGUCUCUACUAUACUUAGUUACAUAGACGACGUGACACAGUGGGCAGAAGGUCAAGAACCAAAAGAGCCAAAUGAUCAGGUUGAAAUUGACGAUUUGUAA